AUGCCGACGUUCGAAUCGAAGCCGUUACGAAAGCGAAAUACGCUGCUGACCAGGCUGGCGCCACAAGUCCGACGCAGGCCGCUGCUCUUGUUCGGUCUUCCAUUCCUGGCCACCAUCGUGGGAGCCAGCUUCGGGCUGGCCAACCUCACACAGACCAGGUACGACUACAAUGCCACCAAGGUGCAGACCAUCUCCAAGGAGGAGGAACUGCGCAUGAAGAAAGAUCGCAAAAGGAUCGACAUUCGUGAAGAAUACUUUAAACUGCAAUCGAAGGAAGACGAGCUGGACGACUGGGAGCCCAAGAGAAUUGAACGCCCCGAAGGUGUCGCAGAGUGGGGAGUGGCUCCAACGACGUACCGAUCCAUUCAGACCGAGGGGCUCUCGAGUCAGGAUGCCGACCUGGAAAGGAGCAAGGGCUUCACUGCCGACAAUGUCCGCUCUUCACGUCAGCAGCCUCCUGUCGUGCUGGGUCCGGAUGGGAAGCCGUGUCGUGCUUGCAACUCGAAGCUGGCGUUCGCCGCUGCUAUGAAGGGCACCAAGGGCGGGAGCGCCUCGAAAGAUGCCCCGACUGGCAUCAAGACAGCUUCUGCAGCAGGCGCGGCAACAGCAGCAGCAGCACUCGCCACAACUUCAGAGACAACGAAGACUUGUCCUCCGGAUGGAGAGGAUCUUGGCCGAUCUGCUUGGACCUUCCUCCACUCUGCUGCCGCCUACUUUCCCGAGGACCCAACUGCGCAGCAGCAGAGCUCCAUGCUCGCCUUGUUUCGAGCUCUACCGCACGUCUACCCUUGCCAUUCCUGCGCUGAAGCUCUUGGAGAGGAGUACAAGCGUGAAGACAAGGAGGGCGGCUGGGAGGAUCGUAGCUUGAAACUCGCUGAGGCCGUACGCUCGGGGCCAUCACUGCGUAAAUGGCUAUGCGGUAUCCACAACGAGGUCAAUCAGCGCCUUGGAAAGCCAACGUUCCCAUGCACCGAGAGCAAGCUUUCCGAAAGAUGGCUUGAAGGCCCUACUGAUGGCAGCUGCGACUGA